AUUUCAAACAACUUUAAAUGAUACGACUAAGCUGUCUCUAUGAGAAGGAGUUUGUUGUGUUGUGUUUGAUGAAACUGAACGACAAAAGCUCACUGAAGAGUUAAUGGCUUCUAUGCAUCUUGGGUCUUUCCCUGUAACCUUUUCCGUUCCUGCGGUUGCAAGUCAUGGGAGGGCUAAAAAAUGUGCCAAAAGUUACCAUGCAAGUUGUCACGUACCAAAAGCAUCAUGGUAUAAAAGUGAGAAAAUCCAAAAUGAAUAUCCCAUCGUGAGACAUGAGAAGCAACAUAAUUUGAAGCAUGAUUAUAGAUGCAUUGGGGCAGCAUCCACAAGUAAAGAAUUUUCUAGAAGUUAUGUUGUGAAUGCAGCACCUGGAGAAUCAUUAGAAUCUGAACCUAGUCGAAAAAGCUUAUGGACCACUACCAUAGAUUUCUUGUAUGCAUUUUACAAGUUUAGUAGGCCAUACGCAAUGGUUGCCACAGCUGUGAACAUAGCUUCCGUGUCUCUCCUUGCAAUAGAUAAUUUAUCAGAUAUUUCUCCAACAUUUUUCAUUGGUUUGUUGAAGGCCAUGUCAGUUAUCUAUCCUAUAACUCUUUAUGGGAUGGGCAUAAAUCAUAUAGCUGACUAUGAAAUAGACAAGAUAAACAAACCUUAUCUUCCAAUGGCAUCCGGGGAGUUUUCUCUUAGAACUAUUGUCAUUAUUACAGCGUCAUGUUUGAUUUCGAGUUUUGGGAUCGGAUGGAUUAUAGGUUCGCUGCCAUUAAUUUUGGUUAUUUCCUCCCAUUUUGUUCUAGCAUCUGCUUAUUCAAUAAAUUUGCCUCUAUUGAGAUGGAAGAGAUCUUCGGUGCUUACAACCAUAAACUUCAUAAUUGAUCGAGGAAUAAUGUGUCAACUUGGAUUAUUUCUUCACAUGAAGGCUUAUGUGUUCAAGAGGCCAAUUAUUUAUCCAAGAUCAUUGUUUUUUGGUAUAGUAUCCACAAUCAUCUUCUCUAUAGUUGUAGCAUUGUUCAAGGAUAUACCGGACGUUGAAGGAGAUGAAAAGUUUGGCAUUCGAAAUAUGACAGUACUUUUGGGUCAAAAACGAGUAUUCUGGAUUUGUGUUUCAAUUCUUGAAAUGGCUUAUGUAGCUGCCAUUCUAUUUGUGGGAGCAACAUCUUCCUACCUCUGGAGCAAAUUGACCACGGGUUUGGGACAUGCUCUUUUGGCAACAAUCCUUUGGUAUCGUGCCCGGUCUGUAGAUGUGAAAAACAAAGUAGACACACAAUCCUUCUAUAUGUUUAUUUGGAAGUUAUUAUAUGCAGAGUGGUUCAUCGUACCUUUCGUUAGAUAAGAAGCAGUGACCUUUUAUACUUGAGAAAUUGUGCUCCUUUGUUACAUCUGGAUUAUUACUUUAAAUUGAUAGUCGUAAAUAAAUAAUUAUGUACGUUGAAUCUCAGUUUGUUGGUGAUUAAUUUUAUCAAUUAGCAUUUUAACAUGAAAACUGUGUUUAUUUUUCUUUGUAUUUAAUCAAGUGAGAUUCGAAUCUGAUCUCUUAUGUAUGUACAAAACUUAAAUUGUGGGAAAAUAUUUACCUAUUCAGUGUC